AUGCUUUACUCCACCAUUUUGAUCCUGUUCCACUUAUGCCUGGCGCAGUCCGUGGCCGGCCAUGCUAGUAUCUGGCACCCGAGCAUGCUCGGCUUCAACGUCACCGCCGAAACCUUCCCAUACGACAAUCGCCCGGUGUCGCCACUCAUGGACAUGACCUUUGACCAAUGGUGGUUUCAUGGCCAUCUUGCCUAUCCGCCUCACCCCGAAGACGUUUUCGAACUGCCUGCGGGCACGAAUGUCACGACUCAAAUUGGCUGCAACAAGGGCGCGACCGACUUCUUUGCCUCGUCCGAGGGCGGCGAUAUACGCAAUGGUAACGACCCAUGCCCUGGAAGCCCGCCGAGCGAGUAUCACACGAAUGGCAUCGACGAUGUUAAGGGCUGCGCCCUGGCCAUCGCUUACAAGGACGAUUUCAACUCGACGCAACCCGAGGACUUCACGGUAUUCAGUGUCAACCAGACAUGUGUCUGGUCGCGCUUCACCGAAUUCUCAGUACCCGAGCGUAUGCCCCCAUGCCCGAACGGGAAAUGCAUCUGUGCUUGGUUCUGGAUCCACUCCCAGGACAGUGGAGGAGAGCAGAACUAUAUGAACGGUUUUCAGUGCAAUAUCACCAACUCAGUCUCUGAUGUACCUCUCGCGAAGCCAGAGGUUCCGCGUCGUUGCGGCGCCGACCCCGACUUCGGCAAACAGCUCCCUGCUCCCGGGAACUGUACCUAUGGUGCGAAGCAACCUUUCUACUGGUUCCAAAAGGAGCGCAAUAACAUGAACGAGGGCACCUAUGCGCCUCCUUUCUAUCUCGACCUUUACGGUUUUCUUGACGGGCCCCAGGACGAUAUCUUCCAAGAUUCUUACGCCAAUAUCCCCGAACCGAGCGACAACCAAACAGUGCUUCCGACGCUCAAGACCGUCGUACCUGGGCAGCGCCUUGCUGUUCCUGACCUCCACUUAUUGCCAUCCAAUUUCCUUGCAACAGCACUGGCUGCGAUCCCCUCUCCUACCAUGUUCGUCGCUUCGAUGGCGCCCGCCGCCCCGAUGACGACUUCGUCCGCUCAAGCUACCAUCGCUGCUUCGUCGGCUCAGCCCACCGGUGGUGCCUCGUCGUUCUCGUCUUCCGCGUCAUCAACAUCCACGAACAUGGCUUCAACCACUUCUACUACAAGUUUCUCCACGUCAGCCCUAUCAGCCGCGACGGUGACAGUCACUAAUGUCGUCACCGUCGUCGUCGCGGUUGAGCCAGAGCCGACCGCUACGCCCAUUGCGUCUGGAAAUAAUGUUACCAACGUUGCCUUUGAUCUAUCCCUCCCCGGAAGCAGCAGUCUGCUUGCCGCCAAUGACACCACAGAUCCCGGCGCUCUGAAACCCUCCACUCGACCCAGAUCCUGUACUCGCGCACCCAACCUUUUGGCUGCCGACCACUCUACUCCCACUAAACGAUCAAUCGCAGAGCGCCUCGGGAUGGGAACAUACACCAAACGCGAUAUCCGAUCCCGGAGCUUGUGGUCGUUCUGGUAA